AUGACAUUUCACUCGAUGUGGACGGCGAAAAUAUCAUCUUACAUGGUCAGCUUCGAUCAGAGAGAGAAGAUGGAUUUGAGAAUAAUGAGUUUAAAAAGAUUAUUAAGGUGGCAGACGGAGUUGAUCCUACAACAGUGAAAUCGCGUGUAAUCAAAACUCUGAAUAAAGGCAACGUUCUUGUCGUUGAAGGCAACAGGCGCGUUGAAGAAAAAGCAAAACAAGACGAUGGCAAGUUCCUGGUUAAAUUGGAUCUGCGUGGAUUUAAACCAGAAGAUAUCAAGGUUCAGCUUCGUGGACAUGAGCUGAAAGUCAUAGGAAAACACAAAUCAGAAGACCAAGGUUUCUAUCAUUCACGUGACUACAGCCAUCGCGUUUUGUUGCCUGAUGAUGCAGACCUUGGUUCAGUGACGUCACGCCUCUCCAAGGAAGGCUUGCUGAUUAUAGAAGCGUCACGUGAUCCAGCUUUGUUACCAAAGGAAAGAAAUGUGGACGUCUCCAUGGAACUUGAUGAGCAAUCACCUGAAGACGAGGCCAAACAAGCAGAGAGUGGUGAUACAGAAGAAGAGAACCAAACUGAAUGAACUAUGUUGGC